UUCCGGCGGGAGCGCGGAGACCCGAGCGUGGGUGAGGCUGCGGCUGCGAACGCGGCUGUUUUGUCCUCUGGUACCCGCCAGCAUGCCUCACCUGGAAAACAUGGUGCUUUGUCGCGAGUCCCAAGUGUCCACCUUGCAGUCCCUGUUUGGAGAGAGACAUCAUUUCAGCUUUCCAGCCAUUUUUAUUUAUGGACAUACUGCCAGUGGAAAGACCUAUGUAACACAAACUUUGUUGAAAACUUUAGAGCUUCCACAUGUCUUUGUGAAUUGUGUUGAAUGCUUUACCUUGAGGCUGCUUUUGGAACAAAUUUUAAACAAGCUGAAUCAUCUUAGUUCUUCAGAGGGUGAAUGUUCUACUCAAAUAACCUGUGAAACAUUUAAUGACUUCGUUCGCUUAUUUAAACAAAUAACCAAAGCUGAAAGUCUCAAGGAUCAGACUGUAUAUAUUGUUCUUGAUAAAGCAGAGUAUCUAAGAGAUAUGGAAGCAUAUCUUUUACCUGGAUUUCUUAGGUUACAAGAAUUGACUGACAGAAAUGUGACUGUUAUCUUUCUCAGCGAGAUUGUUUGGGAAAAGUUUCGUCCAAAUACUGGAUGCUUUGAGCCAUUUGUCUUGUAUUUCCCUGAUUAUAGCAUAGGUAACCUUCAAAAGAUUCUAUCCCAUGAUCAUCCUCCAGAGUAUUCGGCUGAUUUCUAUGCUGCCUACAUUAACAUUCUUCUUGGAGUUUUCUACACCGUCUGUCGAGAUUUGAAGGAGCUCCGGCAUCUGGCAGUACUUAAUUUUCCUAAAUAUUGUGAACCUGUUGUUAAAGGAGAAGCAAGUGAACGUGAUACUCGCAAACUCUGGAGAAAUAUUGAACCUCAUUUGAAAAAAGCCAUGCAGACUGUUUAUCUCAGGGAGAUAUCAAGUUCACAGUGGGAAAAGCUACAGAAAGAUGACACAGAUCCAGGACAACUGAAAGGUCUCUCGGCAUAUACUCACAUGGAACUUCCGUAUUACUCUAAGUUUAUUCUCAUUGCUGCAUACCUCGCUUCUUAUAAUCCAGCAAGAACUGACAAAAGGUUUUUCCUUAAGCAUCAUGGGAAAAUUAAGAAAACCAACUUUCUAAAGAAACACGAAAAGACAAGCAAUCAUCUCCUCGGACCAAAACCAUUUCCACUAGACAGAUUACUCGCAAUAUUAUAUAGUAUUGUGGAUAGCAGAGUUGCUCCAACAGCAAAUAUCUUCUCCCAGAUUACCUCUUUAGUGACUCUUCAGCUAUUAACCCUGGUUGGCCAUGACGAUCAGCUUGAUGGACCAAAAUACAAAUGCACAGUAUCUCUAGACUUCAUCAGAGCUAUUGCUAGGACGGUGAACUUUGACAUAAUAAAAUACUUGUAUGAUUUCUUGUGAAAACAAGCUUCAAAGCCAUAUGGACACUGUGACAAUGACUAAGCCAAGCUGUGUUCAUCCAACUACUCAGUUGGCCAGGGAGAGGAGUUCUUUGGCUCUAUUGGAUUUGUCCAGACAGGUGCUGGCCCAGCAUGGAAUCUGAUGAAAAUACUCUGAUUGGUCUGGGUGAAUGUGAGCAGAAGACUAUUUACCAGGGACCCUGGAGUAUUUGGAAGGAACGUGUUAAUUAUAAACAGCAGGGUUUGAGCACAAUCUGUUCUACUCUUAAUGAUGUUAUCUCAACACUGAAAUUGCCUGAAACCCAUUUACUUAGGACUACAUUUUACUCUGUGAACUAUCCCCUGCACUUUGAAUGUGCCAGCAGCCCUUGUAUAUAAGCCCAGUCUUUUCACUUCCUCUCCACAGGAGCCUCUGCAGUUGCUUGCCAAAGCAGAUUUUCCUAAGGCCACCACUUUAAAAAAUCAUAGUUGCAAAAUAUAAUAAGUAGAAGUUUUUUUUUUUUUUUUUUUAAGAUCCAAGUUUGUAUAUGCUUAUCUUUCACCCUGAUUUUCUCAAAAGGCAAGGUAGUUUGAUCAGAUAUAGGGCAGCUUUCCACCUCUAAGCCUACUUUGAUAACUGCAGUAUGCUUAGGUGAGGUUUAUCUGGUCACUUUUGCAAUUAACUACCCAACAUAGCUUUUUAAUCUGCAUGAUGGUUUUCUUUCCUUUUUUUAACCAUUGGCCUUUAAUAGUUCCACAAUAAAAUUUUUGCCUGUUAUAUCAGUUAUGAACCUUGGGUCUGAUUUUCUUGUCUAUUCAUAUUUUUUAAGACAUUUUCUGUUAGCAUGUAAAUGCUUGAAAAUUAUUUUGAGCAGCUUUAAAGUGCUUAAUUACGGAGCCUAGUUUAAAUUUCAGUUGCAUUUUAUUCUUUCUUUUUUUGAAGAAAAAUUCUCACAAUAGGCACCCCAAAUAGGAAGCCUUUUCAUGUAGUGACUGGCACUUUCUGGAUCAAAGAAAACGAGUGGUUGUCUCCUUGCAUUUAUUUAGAGGUCCUGAGUAGGGGAAGGAAUGAAAUUCCUUUUUGUCUGCCUACACAAGAUAGCAGGGAGCACCCUCACCCUGUGUCUCUUGUCCCAUGGAAAAUGGUGAAAUUUUGUGUUCCACAGAUGUUCGUAGAAGCCAGGACCAGGGAAAAGCCAUGUGCAUUGCAAAUUCAGGCUUAGGCUUACUGCACGUAGAAAUCUGUGUAUCAUUCAAGUAGAAGGCAGUUUGAGUAGCUGAUUCAAGGAAGAGCAAUGCCACUUCGGGGAUUUUCAGCCCCUCAUAGUUUGCUAUAAAGUGGCAGGUCUGCUGUGCAGCUUGCUUGGAUAGCCUGGGACCAGUCUGCCUUUUGAGGGAAGAACUCUGGAAUAUGAGGGGGCACAGAGAUUGUCAAAUAGGGAACUGGGGAAGACAGAAAGGAGGCAAGGUUUCCUGUAUGUGACUCUCCCUGCCUUCUCACUGCUGGCCACCUGUCCCCCGCCCAGCACCUUGCUUAUCUUGUACUGCCCCACACUGUGCCACCAGCCCUAUGUAUGGCUUCCCUGCAAAACACCUUGUAACCAGAUUUUCCCUGCCUCUGACUAGCCAUAAGAACUUUAUGUUUUGUAAUUUACUUACUAAUGGCUUGCUAAAUGACUCACUAACUAACUUGAUUAAUUUAUUUAAACGAAGACUAACAGAGCUUAAUGUGGAUAUUAGCAUUUUAACAAGGGUCAUCUGCAAAUGAAUUUUCUAAUUGGAAGAUAUAAAUCUCCAAUUAGGGGAGGGAAUCUAAUGAUGAGAAUGAUGCUGGCUGGUGGGCCAGAUAUUUCUGUUAAAAGAGGAGGUGCCUAAAUUAUAUUAAGCAUCUAUUCUACCUAGAUCUAAAAAUGAUUUAGGUGGUAGAAGAACACAGUUACCAGGCUGUGGGAUUUUAGAUUUUUUAUACAUGGUUGAUCCUCCAUUUAAAAAAUGUCUUCUUUCCAUUACCAUGACUCAGAUAUACAUAGUAAGGUGGAGACCUUAUUCCCCCUCUUAUUUUCAAGUUAGUUUCAAUCCCUGAAUCAGUCUUCAUUGCUGAAACAGUUCCGUUUCAGUAACUCUGGAAGGGAUUCUGAUCCAACAAGUCUCUUUUCAUUAAGCCCUAAAAAGUCAAAAAGGGGUCAAGUCUCUAGGGCAGCAGUUAAGAGCUGGGGCUCUUUAGUCAGACUACCUUUGUCAAAUACCAGCUGUAUCUCUGGGAGCUGUGUGAUGUUAGAUAAAUUAUUGAAUCUCUCUGUGCCUCUUGUUUUCUCACCGAUACAAUGGAAAGUAGAACUUCCCUCAUGCAGCUGUUUGGAGAAUUAAUAAAUAAGUUGAUAUAUUUAAGGUGGUAGAUCUCAACUGGAGGCAGUUUUGCCUGCCAGAGAAUAUUUAGCAAUUUCUGAAGACAUUUUUGGUUGUCACAGCUGGGUGUGGGGUAGGGGAGGGUAGAGACCUGGGAUGCUCCUGACCAUCCUAAAUGCAUGUCCCACAACAGAAUUAUCUGGUCCAAAGUAUCAGUAGUGCCAAGGUUGAGAAACCCCGAUCUAAGUAAGGUACUUGACACUUUGUAAGUGCUCAAUAAAUGUUAGCUAUUAUUAUCAUGAAAUAUUUGUGACCUCGAAAGGAGUUAAGUGACAGAAUAUGACAACAUUCCAACUAAAUAGAGAAGAGGUACUCUUACCUAAUCCUAUCUAGGAAACUUAUUUCUUGUUAAAGAUUUUUGAACUAUUCAAAUGGACGCAAUACCUUGGAUUUUUAUUUUUAGAAUUGAAGGAUUUUCUACUGGGUUCUAAUUCACAUGUAGGUUUCAUUACUUAUCUUUCAGGAUCUUGUUGAAUAGUCAAAAGCAUGAACUGAGAAUGAUCAAUCAGAGAGCAGGUGACUGAGGAGUUACAUUGUUUGCCCUCAAGGUGUGAUGGCUGUACAAUUAGUGGUAUACCUCCGACGGAUUUAGUUAACCAACAACUGUUUAAUGUAAUUAAGGUGGUCUGGAGCAAGGAAAGCUCAGCAUAAGAAGAAGCCUCCUUUGUUACUCCAAGGUAUGCCCUACUCUGCUUGUACUAUGCAAAGAAAAGUAAUGGACCAAGUCCAGGAAUAAUGCAUCCCUUAUUGCAUUAAGUACUCAGAUAGUCUCUAAAAUAGUAGAUGAAAUGCCACAACUGCCCAUGUAUUUGACCAGGGCUGUAAUAGCAUCCUCUGCUUUGACCUGAAGUCUCACACUGUUGAGUACCAUAGUUGCAUGUUAUGCCUUUUUCCAUGAGAAGAGACUUAGAUUGGAGGAAAUUAACCAGAGGUUGAUAUUAUUCAGCUUCAUCCCCUACAUUUUGAAAGCUUCAUCUCCUACAAAGUGUGACUGUAUCAUAUGUAAAAUAGUUUAGAUAAUUUUGUAUGUAAUUGCAGUCUGCUGACACAAUUUGCUUUCAGAAACGCUUAGUAGAGCUCAAAGAAAUCUUUGCUAUCAAGAUAUCAACAUUUCACUCAAAUUUGCUGUUAAAUGCCCUCAAUGCACAGUUAGUGUUCAUUUUCCAGCAGUGACACAUUCUUGAAGCACAGUUUGAGAAGUAGAAAUUUGGUAGAGCGGAGAAAAUUAUAAUCAAUUCAUUCAUUUAACUGCAUGUUGAUGCACAGUAAUGAUGGGAUUUUAGGAGGCAUUCAGCUGUUUGAGUAAAUAGUGGUAGCUUUGGCAUGAGAAAAGAGUCUGGAUUUUAGAGGCAGUAGAGAUUCGCUUGAGGUUUUGGAUAAACCAUAAUCCAUUUCAUUGGUCUUUGAGGAAGUUGAGAGUCCUAUUUAAUGGGAGUUCCCAUGAAAUUAUUCAGUAUUCAUCAAAAAAAAUUACUAAGUACCAUCUAUGUGUCAGGCAUUGUGUUGGGUGUAGGAGUAGGAGAUACAGCAGUGGACAAAGGAGACAGAUUUCUGUCCUGGACAACAGGUGCUGUCAGCAUUGGGAGAGCCGUUCCUCGAAAUAGGAAGUCCUGAGGGAACGACUAGGUCUGUGGGAUGAAGAGGAUCAUGAGUUCAGUUUUGAACCUGUGCCAUUGAGGUGCUUAUCCAAGUGGAGUGUGAAGUGUGUAGCUGGAUCUAGUUAGAGAUCAAAGUUACUGCCAAGCAUUAAUGUAAGGGUCACCAGAAUAGAGGUGAAAACUGUUCUUGACAUAGUGAGGGAGAAACCAUCUUGAAAUGAAUUAAGAAGGUGGUCAUAGCUAUUGCUAAUCAACUCACCACAGAACUGCAGGUUAAUUUUAUUCUUUCAAAUAAGAGUUCUCCACUAUUCAUAUAAACCCCAUCCCUUUCAGUAUAAGAAGUGGCAGUAAGAGACCUGGGCUAAGUCCCAUUUAGUAUUUGGUCCCAAAAGGAAAAACCAGACCCACUUAGCAUCUUAGUUCUGUGGAGAAUGUUAGAUCCAAACACAUGAUUUUAUCACUUUGGACCAACUUUCAUAAUAAUAGAGGCAUUGCACUGGCUUAUGUGUGCCCUAGAAUUUCCGAAACCACUUUAGGUUCACUUUCUCUGGGAAGGAACAUUCAGCCACCCUAGUUCAUGGGAUUCAUCCAGCUGGAAAUGAAGAGAGCCUUAGCGGAACAGAGAUGCACUAACCCCAUAAGCAUCCAUGAGAAAGGAUGCUGAAAUAGAAACCCUGGCUGUUUUCUACAUCAAUCUUUCUUUUUUUAAUUGAAAAAUAUUGAUAACUAAAGCCUAGUCAUCGAGAGGAUGGAAAGACAUGGGAAAGAGCCACGUGGCUUGAGGAGGGAUAAAACAGGCAGCUGCUACAAAUGCCUCUGAGUGUAAAAACAUAAUAAUUAAGCUGAAGUGACCUACAGAGAAAAAUAAGUAGAUCUAAAAAAUCGAUUUUUUAAAAUUGUGAUAUUGUAACUGAAAGUUAUGUGGGAGAAAUAAAACAUGUACCAAUAAAAAGAAAUUUUCUUAGAUUACUAGACUAGGAGAGCUAACUCCCCAGCUUAGGUAAGAGUAAAACUUUGGAAAUGUUGAACAGAAGAGGACACUGCCUACGGCUCCCUGCAACCUGGGCUGGUUGCCUGAUUUCUUUUUUUUUUUUUUUUUUUUUUGAUGUUGGGGGUAGGAGCUUAUUUAUUUAUUUAUUUAUUUAUUUUUGGCUAUUUAUUUAUUUAUUUUGCAUCCUCGCCUCUGUGAGAGGGCUCUCUCUAGUUGUGGCAAGCGGGGGCCACUCUUCAUCGCGGUGUGCGGGCCUCUCACUAUCGCGGCCUCUCGUCGCGGAGCACAGGCUCCAGACGCGCAGGCUCAGCAGCCGUGGCUCACGGGUCUAGUCGCUCCGCGGCAUGUGGGAUCCUCCCAGACCAGGGCUCGAACCCGUGUGCCCUGCAUUAGCAGGCAGACCCUCAACCACUGCACCACCAGGGAAGCCCCUGCCUGAUUUCUUUAUGAUAAAAGUUCUGGGUUAAACUGUAAAAAAAAAAAACAAACCAGAAUGUGAAAUGAAAAGAGCCCCACCCCUGUUUAAAGAGAAAACAAUUUAGAAUUUGUUUUUAAUAAUGCUGUUAUACAUAAUUUAAAAAUCUGUUUUUAAUUAUUAUAAAAGGAACACAUGUUUACUGUGGAAAUUUGGGGCAAUCAUGAAGAAGUAAAAAUCACCAGUUAACAACAUUGAGAGAUAGCCUCUGUAAGUAAAAGUUUUGGUAUAUUUACUUUAGUUACUAUAUUGUUCUGGUAGUUUAAAGAGAAGGGGUAAUUGGGUCUUUUAUAUUGAGAAAGAAAGGACAGAUCAGGUGAAGAUUAAUGAUUCUCAUAGCAGCCUGUGCAACAUGACUGGUAGGACUUAAGUUUGGUAUUUCAUCAAAAUUGUUUAGAGUGACAACGGUUUUUUUUUUUUUUUGUAAAUCACUUACAUCCAAGUAUAUAAAAAUGUGAAACCGCAUCAGCAUAAUGAAAAGCAAUAUAUUUCAAAGCUAUAACAUCAAAAACCAAUUCUCAAAUAUGUGUGGCCAAUAUGUCUCUUUCAGUAGAAUUGCUUAUUUAAAAUGCUUGUCAUGAUAAUAAAAUGGGAGAAAGAACAAAAGAAGCACCAAAGUGGGGGGAGAGAGACAAAAGUUGAAGUAUGGAAGGAGGAGGGCAAUGAAGUAGAUGCUAAUUUGUGGAAAUACAAAUCAGAAAUGGUGUGGAAACAGGACGUUCCAUUAUCCGUAUCUGGAUGACAAAGCAAAACCACCAGUCAUUUAUUUUGAUCAUGAAUCUGCAGUUUGAGCAGAGCUUGGCUCAAAGUGGUAUCCCUUGGGGCAACUUGAGACUGGAGUUGAAUCACAUGAAAGCUGGUUUCCUCACCCUUGUCUGGAGGCUGACACUGGCUGAUGGCUCCUACCUGGAAUACCUACACAUGGUCUCUCAUGUGCUCUCUCCACUUCAUGGAAUGGUGAUGAGGUUCCAGAAGUCAGCAUGCCAAGAGAAACUAGCAGAAGCUGCAUGGCCUUUUCUAAUCAAGCCUCAGAAGUUUCAUAGCAUCAAUUUUGCAGUAUUGUGAUUAAGGCAGUGAUUAAGCCCUCCUUUUAUUUAAAGGGAAGGGAAUUAUUAAACCCACCUCUUGAUAGAAAGAGUGUCACAGAACUUGCAAGCAUCCUUUAAAUCACCACACAGCAUAAUAGGCUGAAAAUAAAAAUAUGGAAUGCAGAUGGAAUACAUUUUAUGUCCUUUAAGAAUUUGAGUUAGUGUGGCAGACUGUUUCUUGUACACAUACCCUCAUCAAACAUCUCUUCUCCUUUCCUCCAAAGCACAGGAGCUCUGGCUGCAAGGGGGCCAAUAUUGUUGGAGUACAGGAGGCAAAGACAACCUUGGUAGGAGAUGGGAUCAGAGAGGUAAUGGGUGCCAGGUCAUGUGUAGCCUUGCAGGACAUUGAAGGACUUUGGUUCUUUUUUUAAUAGGUUGUAAAUAUUUGAUUGCAUUUGCAUAUUUUAACUGUUUCUUUUUUUAAAAAUUUUUAUUGGAGUAUAGUUGAUCUACAAUGUUGUGUUAGUUUCUGCUGUAUAGCAAUGUGUAUCAGUUAUACAUGCAAGCGACUGACAAGGGAUUAAUCUCCAAAAUAUACAAACAGCUCAUUCAGCUCAAUAUGAAAAAAAAAAAACCCAAUCAAAAAAUGGGCAGAGGAUCUAAAUAGACAUUUCUCCAAAGACAUACAGACGGCCAAAAAGCACAUGAAAAGAUGCUCAACAUUACUAAUUAUUAGAGAAAUCCAAAUCAAAAUUACAAUGAGGUAUCAUCUCACACCAGUCAGAGUGUCCAUCAUCAAAAAGUCUACAAACAAUACAUGCUGGAGAGGGUGUGGAGAAAAGGGAACCCUCCUAUACUGUUGGUGGAAAUGUAAAUUGAUACGGCCACUAUGGAGAAUAGUAUGGAGGUUCCUUAAAAAACUAAAAAUAGGCCUACCAUAUGAUGCUGCAGUCCUGAUCCUGGGCAUAUAUUUGAGUACUUAUAUGUGAAAUCUAAAAAAAUGGUACAAAUGAACUUAUUUACAACAUAGAAAUAGAGUCACAAAUGUAGAAAACAGACUUAUGGUUACCAGGGAGGAAAGCAGGGGCGGGAGGAGGGAUAAAUUGAGAGGCUGGGAUUGACAGAUACACACUACUAUAUAUAAAAUAGAUAAUGAAUAAGGACCUACUGUAUAGCACAGUAUUAUCUACUGUAAUACACAGCGCUUCUCAAUACUCUAUAAUGACCUCUAUGGGAAAAAGAAUCUAAAAUAGAGUGGAUAUAGGACCUUGGUUCUUAUUCUUUGUGAGAUGGGGAGAGUUUUGAGCAGAGGAGUCACAUGAUCUGGUUUAGAAUUUUUUGAAAAGGGUUACUGGAACCUAUACUGAGAAUAGAGUGGAAGCAAGAAAAGUAGAAGGCUAUUAAAAAAUCUAAGUGAGAGAUAAUGGUGGCUCAGAUCAGGGUGUUAACAGUGGAGGUGGUGAGAUGUUGUCAGAUUUAGGAUAUAAUUUAAAAGAAAUGUCUGCAUGAUUUGCUGAUUAAUUGGGUGUCAGUUUUGAAAGAAAGAGUCAGGAAUGAUUCCAGGGUUUUUAACGUGAACAUGUGGAAACGUGUAGGGGAGAUAAGAUCAGGAGUUCAUGUGUGGACAUGGUAAGUUGGAGAUUUCUGUUAGGUAUCAAAUUGGAAACGUCAAGGAGGCAGUUAGAUAAAUCUGGAGUUCCGGGUAGAAGCCCAGGUUGGAGAUAAAAAUUCAGGGGUUGUCAGUAUCUAAAUGGGAAUGUGUAAGGGAAAUGUGUACAUGCAGGAAUUAUGGCCAGCUCUUCUGAGUCAGAAAACUACCUUCCCACUGAGCUCCUGCCUAGGAGCGUUCAGAGCCCCUCUAGAAGGUAAACCCCCUCCCUGGGGAGUUGCUUCUAAACUGUAGGGAACCUUCAGUUACUUGUUUCCAUAGGAAGAAGGGAUUCAUGAUAAAAGUGAAAUUUUCUUUUUUUAUAUACUGAAAUUGCAAAUACUAAAUUACUAACUUUAAUACUAAAAUUUCAAAAAAUCUUCGCAACAUUAAAAAGAAAAAUGACAGGAAUGGAGUGAAUGGGUCAUAGAUUUAGAUAUAGCAAUUUAUGCAAUGCCCAGCCAAGACAAAAUGACCUGUAAAUACUGAGUUCACAGAUUGAGUAUGUUAGUUAAUUUCCAAAAUCCAUUCUUUUAGAGCUGUUCUUACCACUAGGAAUUUGCA